AGACAAUACGGCAAACAGAGGGAAGAGUAGAAGGGACAAAAGAAGACGAUGAACAGGCACCGUGGAACGAAAAUGCAAAUGGCAAUGGGAUAAAACAAUUACUAAUGUGCAUAUGCUUUCCGAUCAAUCAAUGGAUACAGUGGACAUGCAAAUAGGAAAGGUACGCAGAUUUGAAAUUCUAAUUAUCCAAAAUACGCACCUAUACAAAAUCCAGAAAACUACAGAAUACACGGAUGGACCUCAGGUAGGCUAAAUAUGUCAAUUGAAUAUAUUAAAAGCUAAAGAUCUAAAGAUCUAAAGAUUGCAUAGAUCUGCAGAUCUGGGAAAACCUAUUUAUAAACCAGAUACAUAACAUUAUUUCAUUUCCACAUUCAUAUGCCAUUUUUUGCAACAUGUCCACAGAUAAUCCCACACAGUUGCUGACCACCCGUGAUUUGAGCCAACUGCGUGGACAUCUGCAAUCCGGAACAGUAGCGGUGCCCUCCACGACCACUUCUGUGGUGGCAGCAGCAGCAGCAACAGUGGCUGCCGCCCAUGGAUACCGCACCAUUGCACCACCCCAACAACCCGCCAACAACAGCAGCACAACAACAUCUGCAACAGCAGCAUCAGCAUCAGCAUCAGCUCAACCACCUGUAAUACCACCAGUUAUAUCCACAAGCAAUAGCAACAUGCCGGCAAGUGCCUCAAAAUAUGUAUUUCUGCAACACAAUCACAAUGGUGGUUUUACGGCAUACGAUGGCUCUGCAGCCACAACAGCGGCGGGCAGCACCGGAACUGUAGGUGCAACCAGUGGCAAUAUAGUACUACUGGCAGCCGCACCGCUGGAAGCCAGUUCCGGCGAGGCUUUGGUCAAUGUGCGAACAACUGAAGAUGAUGGCGAGUUGCGUUCACUGUCCUGGCUCAGCGAUACCAAUUUAAUUAAGGGCAUUGUGACCACAACGGCCGGACAGGCAGGAAAACGUGCUGCAACGGUGGCCAUCAAGUCGGCGACUGGGGCAGCAGGCACAGUAGGAUCCGGUGCUCCCAAUGGCAAUCUGUGUAUAGUCAGCGAUUUAAUAGAAGAGCUACCCACUAAUCUGAGUGAAACCAGUGAACAGGAGUCGACCGGAGGAGCAGCAAGUGGAUCGGCACCAGCAGCAUCAACUGUGUACAGCACCACAACGGUGCACAAAGGAGCCAGUGGCACCACCACCGUGGUGGAGUACAAGGCCAGCAAAGCCAAUCAGCAGCAACAAAAUUCGCCGCAACAGCAGCAGCAGCAGCAGCAGCAGCAGCAACAACAACAACAACAACAACAACAACAACAACAACAACAACAACAACAACAACAACAACAACAGACGACCUAUUUGCCAACGCCGACAAGAACCACCAUGGUGGGUCACGGCUAUAUGCCGGUAGUGGUGAGCAGUGCCAGCCAACCCAUAUUAUCGCCCGCCAAACAGCAGCUACCGCAACAGAUUUACGUUACCAGCAAUGGCAGUUCGCCAGCCGGCGGAGGAACCAUCUACAAGGCAGCCAGCCAGGCACUUAGCUCGCCAACCACCAGCAGCAGCAGCAGUAGCAACACCACCACCCACCAUCCGCACAAGAAAUAUCUGCGCGAAAAGAUGCACGUCCAGAUGGAUCACAGCAGUCAUGUGGCCUCAACCGUAACGGUGGUCAGUUCGCCAGCAUCCUCGAACAAUUCCUCGAUUAGCAGCUCCAACACAGGCUCGGUAUCCGGUUCGGGUUCCUCGACAGCGGCUGUGAAUGGUGGCAAUAGCCCAGUGCCCAAGACCAGUAGCUUUAGCACCGUAUUCGAGGCGGUCAACUAUGCCACAUCGGCGGCCAGCAAUAGCAGCAGCAGCAGCAACAGUACACCCAACAGUCAAGCCAUACUCCAUGGCCAAGAGUCGCCGGCUGUGGUGACCACAACGACAUUGAUCAGUGCCGGUACCCUGCCGCCGGGCUAUAGCUUCGUCAAUCAAGUGGCCAGCACGCCGCAUGUGCUUUCUACACCAGCGCAUGUUGCAUCUCCGGAGACGCCACCCGGAGCGGCUUUGUUGCCGGGAACUUAUUAUGCCACAAGCACCACAUCAGCGGGCACAACCACAACCACUUUGCAGGCGCGUAGUCUGCAGUUAUCCGUCUCGCCACCGCCGCCAAAUAUGACGCCCACGAGUCAAGUGCACAAUGGAUCACUAGGAGGAGGAGGAGGAGGGGGAGGAGGAUCUGGAGGAGGAGGAGGAGGAGGAGGAGCCAACCUGCGGAGUCCUAAUAGCUAUGCCAGCUACGAUAACGAGGAUUCCCUCAAGGAAUUCGAUCUGGUGGUCAGCUCACGCUUGCACACAAGCACGCCGCAAUAUUCAGUGUCCAAAAAUGGAGCCAACGGCUAUGGUAACGGCAACAGCAAUGUGAAUGGCAGCGGAGCUGGUUCCAAUACGCCGCAAAAGCAAAAGCAUCCCAAUAACGUGCCAUACGAUCCGUUAGUGCAUACCAAUAACAAGCCGCCAUAUAGCUUUAGUUCCUUGAUCUUCAUGGCCAUUGAGGGUUCGAAUGAGAAGGCACUGCCCGUUAAAGAGAUCUAUGCGUGGAUUGUCCAGCACUUUCCGUACUUCAAGACGGCUCCCAAUGGCUGGAAAAAUAGCGUGCGCCACAAUCUCUCGCUGAACAAGAGCUUUGUCAAGGUGGAGAAGGCUCCAAACAUGGGCAAGGGAUCGUUGUGGCGUGUGGAGCCACAGCAGCGCCAGAAUCUCAUCCAGGCGCUGAACCGUUCGCCAUUCUUUCCCAACUCGGCGGUGGAUAAAAUUAGUCCAUCGCUUAAGAGUCCCAGUGGUGGAUCCGCAUACGAUAGCCUCGAUGGCGGUGGCAGUGGUUCCGUUUCUUCGGCUCAGCCAGUGGCUGGUGGUGCUGGAGUUCCGGCUGCCGCAGCCGUGGCACUGUCCACGCCCACCAAAAGCAAUGGUCUGGCGCUGGCCAAUGGUGCUAGUCAGGCCACAAACGCGGCCAGGCCGCAUAGUCCCAAUGGUGGUGGCAGUGGCAGUCAUGCCCGUUUCGAUCCCUACCUAUUCCCCAAUCUGUCCAAAGCUUUUCGCAAUAUACGCGAAGAUACGGUCGGGCAGCCAAUGCUGCAAGAUGCCCUCGAUGACGAGCUGUCCGGCGAUUAUCACAAUAAUAAUAACAAUAAUAGUGGCAGCAAGUACAAUUACAUGGGUGCGAAUGGGUCAGGUGGAGCUGGCAGCGGUGGUGUUGGGUCCAACGCAAAUGGAGCUUCCGACGGCAUCAAUUUCGCGCGACUGGCCCGCGAUUGCGGAGCGGACAGCAUUGAUGAUGUGCAUGCGGCGGCGGCGAUGCUCUACCUCAAACACGGACCAAAGAUCUAUAGUGAGCCCUUCCAGAAUGGUGGCCCGGUGAUAACGAGCUCGCCAAGCGAGGAUCACACCUACUCGGCGGGUGGCAACAGCAAUGCGGACAGCGGCUCCUCCACGCCACUGACCAAUGGCAAUGCUCUGGCCAGCGUGGCGCAAGCAGUGGCCCAGGGUCAGAAUAACCAGGGAGGAGCUGGAUCCGAUAGCAAUUGCGCCAGCUCGGAUGCUGCCUACGAUAGCAGUGAGGAGAAUCACAACAUCACGCCCGAGGAGAUGGCCGAUCGGCAGCGACAUCGCGACGGCGUGGACGCCCUGCUCUCGCUAUCCGGCUCCUCGAUUGUGGAGUGCGGCUCAGUGGCCACCACACAUUAUCACAGCAACGGCAGCAGCGGCAGCAGCCAUGGAUCCCCGCACAAGCGAGCCUCGAGUCACAGUUUGGAGGAGGAGCACCUGCAGCAGCACAGGGAACAGCAGUUGCAGCAACAGCAACAGCAGCAGCAACAUCAUCACCAGCAAUUUGGCAGCAGCCAAGCGGUCUACACCAAUGGCAGUGGCAGCAAGAUGGCUUUAUUGAGCAGUGCUGCCGCCAAUGUGGCACUCGCUCAACAGCAGCAGCAGCAGAUUCACCAGGACAUGUACUCCUCGACGGCUGGACACAAUGCCAGUAUGUAUCUGGGCGGGCUGAACAGUCACUGCCUGUCCGGUGGCGGCGGUGUGGGCGUGGCGGCGGGCAUGUUGCCACAGCAUUUGAGUGCUGCAACGGGGGCAAGUAAUAAAAAUAAGGUGAAACCAUUGCGAGGAUUACGCACCAAGUUCAAGCGAAAGUCCGCCUGGAUGCGGUGAAUAUGGCGACAGGCUGGCGGCAAAUGGACGUAAUACAGCCGUUCAAAGAUCGCCACCCUAACCACGCCCCCGCCCAUACGCCCUCCCGCCCAUGCGAUCUGUUGUUGUCUCUUUCUAAAGCAAAAAUUGUUCAAAUCACAGAGCAUUUAGACUAAAUUUUGUAAUCUUAGCAAGUUCAUAGUUUCUUCAGAUUUUUUUUAUUGCUCUACCUUUUACAAAUUCUUGUGUGUUUUCGUUUUUGUUAUAGAAGUUUUUUUUUUGACUACCAUUUUUUUUUGAUUAUUAAUUUUAAACCUUAGACCUUAUGUUUUUAGGAUUUUUUUUCUGUGACUUUACUGUGCCCCGCAAUUAAAUGUUGGCCAUUUAAUUAUUACUUGAUUAACUAUUACAAUAUGAUUUAAAGGCCAUCCUAGCUGCAAUUUCUUACAACUCCUAGAUGUUAAGUGACUUCUUCAUAUUGUAGCUUGUAAUUUUAAAUUGUGCAAAUAUUUUACAGACCAAUCGCAAAACGAAAUUACUUUUAAUGGCAACCAGUUGAAAUCGUAACCAGAGUUAUAAUGAAAAAGUAUCUGGUUAUUCAGGGCCCACAAUUCGUUGUUAACUUUUAAUACAUACAAAACUCUAGUUUAUUUGUUUUUUUUUUCAACUCGCGACACGAGGGACACAAGCAAAGUGAACUUUUCCAGCGUAUCAGUGACAAGGUUUAUAUCAAAAGAGAACAUACACAUAAAACACCAACAAAUUGAGCUAAGUAGGAAUGAGUAGCUAAGUAAAAGAAAAUAAGAAAAAAAAUUGUAAAAAGCGCAAGAAAAAGGAAAAAAUGUAGAAAGCAAACGCAACGUUUGUACAAAUAGCAAACCAGAGUUAAGAUUCUUUUUUAUUUCGGUUUUGUGCCGCAAGAAAAAGGUUUUUCCUACACUUAUAAGAUCCAAAACACCCUACUUACAUGAUCUAAAAACAAGCGAUAUAAAAAUAUAUACAUAUAUAUAUAUACAUAUACAUAUAGAGAAAAGUAAGAUAAGCCAAGCAAAAAAAAAAAACCCACAAAGAAACACACAUUUAGCGCCUUAUAUAUGGAGUCCUUAGCUAAAAACGAAAGAGAGAAAAUGUUGAAUUGUUUGAACUGCUUUGUUAUACGAAUGCAUGAGUACAUAUAUAUAUAUAUAUAUAUAAAUUCUAUAUAUAUUUAAGACCCCAUCCCUAUUUUGACCUGCCCAGUAACCCCUUCCCUCCGCUCCCCUUCCCAUCACGACACUCAAGAAAAUGUUAAAUCAAAGAUAUUUAGUUAAUAAGCCAGGGAGUAAACCGAAAAUCCUAAUUGUAAGCUUCAUUUAGAUGGUUACACGUACAUAGUUGAAAUAUGCUAAACAUUUGUUAACACGAAUCCAAUCGUAAGCUAGCCGAUUUUAGUUGAAUGAACCUCCUGCAAUUUUCCUACCCAAGGUGUACAUAUAUACAAAAUGGAUUAAGCUGUUGAAAUGAUGCUGCACAUCUUUACAUAGGCAUAUUGUGGAAACCAAGAAAUACUUAUUAAUUAAAUAAUUAAAUAGGCGAAAGGAAAAAAACUUGACAAAGAACGCCCUAAGUGUUUACACUUCAUGUACCUUUUUAGCAAAAAGCAAAAAACGCAAAAGCAAAGAUCGCAUUAAAAUUGUAUACAUACAUUAUAUUUAAACUACCAAUUACGAAACUAAACUAAAUGUUGAUGUCAAAGAGAAACCAAUUUGCUAGUUGUUACCAAUCAGAAAAGAACACAUAAAACAAAAAACAAAAAACAAAAAAACAGAAAAACAAUGUUAAAACUAUUUUGUUCCCUCAACAACUUAUUAUUAAGAUUAUGGUUUUUGUUUUUUUUUUUUAGUUUAAUUACAUAAAAAUAUUGCCUUGAUGCAUAUUUUGGGGAAAGAAUGUGACUAAAAUACCAGAAGCGAGAACAACAAAAUAAUUGUAUGCCUAGCUUUAACUUAAGGUCCUAAAAGCAAGAAAAAAAAACCAAAAUACAAACCUUUUUCAUAAAAUCCUUGGCACGACACACAGUGAAAGACAAUCGCCGCCCGUGUUGUUGUCGUUGUCGCUUAAGUUUAAAGUUUAAACAAAUUCUAUGUAGCUAUAGUACGAGUAAAAUAUAUAUAUAUAUAUAGAUUACACACACACACACACACAGCAAUAGCAAAGUACAUAUACAACAAAUAUUGUUAUACAACCUUAAGCUUUUGCCGAGAUAAGGUGGAGAAAACUAUUUUCCCGAACCCACAGAUAGAUUCUAUAUCCCAUUAUCCAACCACCAUGUAUCUCCACAAAAAACAAAAAACAAUCGAUGAGCUAACCAGUUUUGUUACCGCGUUUUUUCUUCUACUUUAAUUAUUAUAUUGCAUCAUUAUUAUUAUUACCGUAUAUAUUCAUGGUAUAUAUACUUACAUAUAUGAUUAUACAACUUUUUUUGCGUACCAAAUACACACCAAUCAAAAUGUGAAAUAUUUUCUUUAUCCUACUAUGUGUUUUAUUUCGGUUCAAUUUCUCACAUCAUUUUAUCAUUUUGUGGGUUGUUAUUUUAUCAACUUUAAUUUGUAUUCCUAUUGACAGCAAUGUGAAUAUAGCUUGUAGUUGUACAUAAAUGAAUAUAGAGUUUAUAUAGAGAGAUCGGAUUUUGUUGAACUAUAGUAAGUGCCUGCCUCCUCCCAUGAUGAAGUUAAAAUUAAAACCUGGUCCAAAACCAGAGUAGAGCUUUGAUUAAAUGUCGCACUGUUGCCAAUUUUCAUAGAUUCGUUUGUUAAAGUGUUAGCUUGAAGCUAAAAGAACUCGAUCCUUAAGCCCCGCCUUGCUUUAGCCUGAAAAAAAUAUAUAACAACGAUAAGACACUCACCUACACACAAUGUACAGACUACAGGGUAUCCAAAACAUCUCGAACAAACCGAAGGGAUUGAGAUAUAUUUGCACCCACAUACAAACAAACUUAUAUAUCUCUCCGAUAAAUAGGAUGAUCAAUCUGUUUGCCCUCCAAGGUUUCAACUAGCGCCUGUUUUUAUGUCUUUAAAACCUCUGUACCAAAAAAAAUAAAAAGAAAACAAAAUAAGCAAAAAAUACAAAAUAUAUACAAAAGCAAAGUAAAUCAAUUAAGUUACUUAAGAAAUACCAAGCAAAAAUUAAGCAAAUCAAACAUAAAUUCUAUUUAUAUAUAUACAUAUGUAUGUACAUACGUAGAUGUACGUAUGUAUGAAAGCAAAGAUAAAAACGUUUAGGAUGAAAAUGUUACCCUGUAUUUUUUUAGACAUAACAUUUUUCUACUUUUUGGACGAUGUAAAACUAAAAGACAAACAACAAGAAAACGAAAACCAAAGAAACGAUUGUAAAAAACAAUGUAUGCAUAUGAAAGGUAAAAUUUAUAAUUUUCAUUUGUUGCUAAUUUAUAGAAAACACACGGAACAAGACGAGCAAACCAAGUGCGAAACCGAUUUGGGACUGAUCUUUGGGCCUGUAUCUUUGUGUAUAAGCGAAUUGUGUAUGAAUAUACAAUAAAUAAAUUACUCUCCACCCAUCUGUUGAUAUCGAGCAAAUUCGUCUGGCUCUUUUUUCAUGG